GGUUUCCUCAGAUCGAAGUCAAAGCUGCGGUCUUCGGGCAGAUAAUAAAUGCGUCUCCAAUUUGAGACAAAGUUGUGUCGGGACCAGGACUGUGCUUAGAAAAGAGGAGUAGCAUCGAGGACUUCUGAUUUCGCUCGGGACUCCGACAUUCAGAAACGACGAGGCAAAAAGAGGAAGAAAAGGUGUCCGGGCCCGGGCCAGGACUUUGGCGAAUGUGCUGGGAGAACGAUAUGCUCUUGCAUUGAGAACAAUGAUGAGUGGAGUAAGUCAGCAGGUCACGGGCAAAUCGUUUGAGUAACAGGAUGUGGGGAAUUUCUGUUUACAGAGAGAAAUUGUGUAAAAUCCAAGCGGAGAGCAGGAUGGAAAGUGUGUAGUGACUGGGAUAGCGUGCGUCUCAUCUCUCAGGCUCUCGCGAGCGCCGUUUGCCCUCAUGAUGAUGUUUCACUAUGCACUCGGGGCCCAAAGUGAACCAUCGACGGGCUGGCACGCAGUGAAUUCUGACGAACGAAGGAAGGCCACAGAGGGCACGGAGGACAACAGGCGGGCCUGAAGAGGUGGAAGGAAAGAAAUUCCGGAGAUUAGAAUCAGCACACCGCCCGGAGGUUUAGCAGCGUCUUGGCUUGUAAUUCGCUGCUUGUUCGAAUCCAGUGAGGUAAAACCCAUGAACGAUAGCUUUAGCUAAACCCAAUGGAAACAUGCGUGUGGAGGGGACAUUCUGAUGUAAUGUCAUGAUGGAAGAGUCCACGGCCUCAGAAGCAGAGGAACGAAGUAGAGGGGCAGUCGUGCACUCGUGCGAAAAGAUAGGAACACCGGUAUGUAGUGCAUGUACAAUCCGAGGCAGGCACAACGGUGAGGGCAACAGGAUGUCUGAAGCUGUUUUGAGGCGAAGAAUUGGAGACAGGAUUGUUGCAGGAGGGCAACGGACCGGGCGGAGGAUUAUGGGGCAGGUUAGGAAUAUGGUGUAGUUUCCCUGUCGAGCUGGGUGCAGAGUUUAUGUCACGAAGUGGUGGCACGGUCGCAUGUGUUCUGUAGGAAUGGGUGUUAUGAGUAAGUUUGAUGAACAAAGAAGGGCUUGAUUUUGUUUCUUGUUCGGGUCGAUCAUCAGAGUCAGAGCAUAUGGCUUCUUCACACACUCAAGUGCCGCGCAAUGCGGCAUCAGUGGCCUCCGAUGAUGCAGAAACUGCUCUCAAGCUUUUCUUGCAAGGAAAGUUCGAUGAAGCAGAGGCAUUUGUUGAAGAAAAUGCCAAGACGCGGGAGGCUGUUGUGAGUGCGGUGCCGAUUUUCACUCAUUGCCACGCUGUCAUUCUUUUCGCCAAAGCUGGGAUUACGGGUACUGAGGAAGACAGGAAGCAAGCGGCGGAGCGGCUCACCGAGGCUGCAACAAUGGCCAGAGAACACGUACCGACUCAAGGCUGGGUGAAAAGUAUAGCAGUAUGGGGAAUGAGCUAUUUUGCCGCGCCCCCAAAACAGGACGACAUUUCUGAGGAAGAACUUAGCUGUCGCAUAAUUGAAGCAGAGGCAACGUAUUUAUUAGCAUUAUUAUGCUUUUUUGAAGAAUCUAUGGCAUCAUUCUUCAAGGCCGCAUUAUUGAUAAGAAAAGCUAUACGGGGGUACAAACAUUGCCACACUAUCCUUCAGCGUCAGCAACAUGCAAACAGGAGCAAGCAUGAUGUCGGAGCUGUCCAAUUAGGGUUUGGUGGAUUCAGCUUGGCGAUUUCUAUGCUUCCUCCAAAAUUGUUACGUCUACUGUCAGUGCUAGGAUUUCCCUGCAAUCGACAGGCAGGACUUAAUUCCAUAGACCAAAGCCUGCGAGGUGGUGGCCUUCGGUCAUCUGUUGCUGGCGUGUUAUUACUUUCAUACCAUGUAGUUCUACCUGCUUUCUUUUCCAUACCUCAGGAACGAGAGCAACAUGUCCAAGAAGCCGAACGUGUUCUCACCAUGUUACAAGACUUGUUUCCAAGCAGUUUCUUUUUGAGUUUUUAUAGAGGGCGACUGCAAAGACUCAAAGGAGAUUUGCAAGGAUCAAUAGAAUGGUUCAUGAAACUGGACAAGGGUCUUGAUUUACAACCGGAAUCAAAGUUCUUCAAAGUGCGGCAUGCUUGGGUUUACGAGCUUGGCCUUAGUCACAUGAUGAAACUUGAGUGGGAAACUGCAGAAAGAUAUUGGACGGAACUACAGGAAGAUAGUGUUUGGUCUCCAGCCUUUUUCGCUUAUGUUCAUGCUGCUUGCCUUUGCAUGCGGGGAGAAACGAAGGCCGCUGCAGAUAACUUCUCCAAGGUCAAAGGACUUAUGAGGGGAAUGUUCUCUGGACGAAUCUUAGCAGAGGAACAGUAUGCAUCAAGAAAAAUCAAAGAUCAUGCUCUUGACACUGAAGAGGGCUCCAGAAGUUUGCAGGGUCGCUUAAGCGGUGUUGAGUUCCUGUACUUGUGGAACUCUUUCCCCCAGAUGCCACCGGAGAAGCUGGAAGAAGUAAUAAGGAUUAUACAGGAAGCAGAGCAAACAAUUCGUCAAGGUACACAGGAGGCGGAGGAAGAAGGUGCUGAGAGUGACUCGAAGUCUGCAACUGCGGAGAAAUCUGCAGAACAGGUUUCUGGGUCCAAGGCUGCUCAAGACACGAUUUGUUUCAACAACAUACGAGCCUUUCUGGAGGAGGAUGAAGAAGACGGAGAUGAUGAUCUUGCACUUUGUAUCCUGAUGAAAGGAACAGCGUUUCGGGAGUUGGGCAAACUGGACGAAGCACAAGAAUGUUUGAACCAAAUAAGGGAGGAGACUUGUUACUUGGAAACGGAGCUCUUUGUGCUUCCAAUGGCUGCAUAUGAACGUGCUUUACUUUUGAUCAAUCAACAUGCUUAUCGUGUUUCCCAGGACCCUCUUCAAAAGUCAAACUUCGAUCUUCUAGUGGAGGCCGAGAAGGAGCUUUCCACAGCAGAAGGUUAUAAGCAUGACUACAACUUUUUAUGGCGCCUCCUGGGACGUGUUCAUGCUGCCAGAGGAGCGAUUCAAGCUUUCAUGGGUGGGGAGUCAAGUCAAUCAUCAGACCUAUCGAGUACAGAGGAUAUAGCCAGUGCAGAGUGCCAGUGGAUUGAUAAUGAUGACUUCGACAUCAACUCACCAAGGACGAGGCAGAAACUGAGAGAGCAAGUAGACUUAGAAGACAAGGACAUAUUCUUCGAUGCUUUAUAAAUAUUGUAGAUACAGAAUCAUUUCAAUGUAAUAAUAAUCAUUAGAUAUGAGAUAGAAGUUGGUCAAUGCAAAUUUAUUCAAAUUUAUGGUGUACAUAAGUUGGACCUUAAAUGCAGUGGGACCUUAUAUUUCACAAGUUGUAAGACACUGAGUUGAUUGCCUCACGGUCAUGGGAGCCAGUAAGAGGGAGAUAAGGAUAGAGAGGAUUAUAACAUGGGUGUGCUAAGCAUAAAUGUAUAUUGGUACAUUUCCACUAUGAAUGAAAUAAAAUUCCUG